UGCUGUGUGCCUGCUGGCCUCCCUGGACUCUGGGACAAGAGCUACAGGUGCAAGAUGCCCUCUGCACUGCAGAUGGCUGCUACGCCAUCUAUUUCCAACGUAAGACCUUUCGGGAAUCUGCAUGGUUCUGCAAGGACAAACGUGGUUUCCCUGGCAACCCUAAAGAGUUCUGAGGAGGCGGCUGUGGUGCAUGAGCUCCUGUCUUCGGUGGAGCAGCGCGGGCCACGGGCCAGGGUCAGACUGUGGAUUGGGCUCCAUCGUCAGCCCAGGCAGUGCUCUGCCACACGCCCACUCAGAGGAUUCCAAUGGAUCACAGGUGAACAGGACACACAGUACACCAACUGGCUGAGAGCGGACUCACCUAGUACCUGUGCCCGCGCCCCGCUGUGUCGUCAUGAGCGUCAACACUGCCUGCUGACACCCGGGAGCAGCACGACAACUUCAAGUGGCUGGAUGGCUCCUGCUCGCUGGCUGUGGAUGGAUUCAUGUGUCACUACACCUACCAGGGGAUGUGCCCUUCUCUGAAGAGUGAGGGAGGGGGACCUGCACUAUAUACCACCCCUUUCAGCCUGCUCAGCAGCAUCCUCACUCACAUCCCCCUUUGGCUCAGUAGCCACCUUGCCCUGCCCAGACCAUGA